GCAGACUCCUGCUUCCAGUUUACUUUUGCGUUGACUAUUAGACUCGAUUUUUAUUUUUUUAUUUCCUAGGGUUUUAGGGUUUUUCAGUUCUCGAGCUUGGGAGCUAAUCAAUGGACUCUGAUGAAGCGAAGCUCUUCGUCGGAGGAAUCUCUCGGGUUACUAGCGAAGACAUUCUGAAAAAACAUUUCGGCAAAUACGGCACUGUAUUGGGCUGCUCCAUAGCGAAGGACCGGAUCACCAAGAAUCCCAGAGGGUUUGGAUUCGUUUGGUUCUCCGAAUCAUCUGCAGCUGAUAAAGCCCUUCAUGAUCCCCAUGUUAUUCUGGGAAAGACGGUAGAUGUGAAAAAAGCAAUACCCCGGAGUGAACAACAACAGCUUCAAAACCAACAACAGAAUAGGGGAUUGAGUAAGAGUAGUAGUACUGACAAUGGCGAUAAUCAGUUUAGGACUAAAAAGAUUUUUGUAGGGGGUUUAUCAGCUAGUCUAACUGAGGAAGAGUUUAAGAAUUACUUUGAGAGGUUUGGUAAGGUAACAGAUGUAGUUGUGAUGCAUGACAGCACAACCCAUCGGCCUAGGGGCUUUGGCUUUAUCACCUUUGAUUCAGAGGAGGCUGUGGUGAAUGUUAUGCAGAAUAGCUUUCAUGAGCUGAAUGGUAGGCUUGUGGAGGUCAAGAGGGCGGUGCCAAAAGAGGCAAAUAAUGGUAGUGACAAUGGUUUUAACAUGAGAAUUGAGGGUAGAGGAGGGCCUCCUGGCAAUUACCCUCCUUAUAGUCCCGGAUACUGGAUUCUCCCAGGUUAUGCACCUUUUCCUGGGUUUAGCAGUGGUGGAGGUUCUCUUUAUGGAGCAGGCAUUUAUGGUGGUUGGUACCCUACAGGUGGAUCUGGUGGCAUUGGUUCUGCUGUUGCUCCACUUGCCCCAAGAAGUUCUUGGUAUGGCCCCAGGGGGAGUGUUGGCAGGGUGUUCCCGUUGCCUCACAGCAGUGGUUCAAUUUAUGCUGGGUACUUGAGUGGUGGAGUUGGAGUUAUGAGUAUGGCUGCCGGUGGGUACAAUGGGAUUGUUGGACAGAGUGAAUUGGAAACUGAAUCUGGUUCUUGGUGGCAAUGAACGUGUUCCAGUUGAUAUUACAUCACUUUGUGUUGAAGGGGGUAAAGUUGGACGCAUUCUUUAGGUUUGAAGGGAAAUGAUGGUGCUACUUUUAGCGAGAAACUAAAGGAGUCAGGAUGGAUGAUGUGAGCCUAACCCUCUCGGUAAUUGUAGUUAAUUCUAAUUGAAUUCUCUGCACCUUUUAACUUGUUUGCUGGUGGGGCUAGGUGGUAAUUAUCAUUCCUUUCUGUUGAAAGUAGAUCACCGUUAUUCUUUCAUUUGACAUACUGCUUGCUGUGUUUCAUGUGUAGCUUAUAUGAUGCAUUGGUACAGGAUUAUGUUUUCUGUAAUAUAAUGGCUUUCAAAAUUCA